AUCUGACAAACAUUUUUUAGAUCUAUUUAAACAUUAUUUUGUCGAUGCACCGAUGGUUAUCGUGAAAGGCAAACCCAGUGUAGACGAGUAUUUUAAGUUGCAAGAAGAAGAAAAACAUGUAACCGAGCAAAUCACAAAGUUUGGCCAAAAAGGUUUAAAGCAGAAAGACAAAGAGCUUCAACAAGCUAUCGAAAAAUUAAACAAAGGUGUGCCUAAAGAAGUACAGGAAAAAAUCCUUAUACCUGGCAUAGAAUCAAUCACUUUUCAUGACAUUCAGAGGUAUAACACGGAAACGCUUGAGCAACAUCCUAAAUUCGAUGUUAAAAAACUGCCAUUCUUUACCUAUUUAGAUCAUGUCAAUACAAAUUUCUUUUAUUUACACGUUAUUAUGGAUACUUCUUCCAUUAGUCUAAUAGAUAAAUCUUAUAUUCCGUUGUUGGCAGAAGUACUCACAAAAUCUCCGGUAAAAAGAGGAAAUCAACUGAUUCCUAGUGGAGAAGUACAAGAUUUAUUACUUGCUGAUAAUAUAAAAGUUCAUUCUCAUAUUGGCAUUAAUACUUCGGAACACAUUGCUCAUACUAUGUCUUUAAUGUUUCAGGUUGAAUUCCAGAAUUAUGAAAAAAGUGUACAGUAUUGUAAAGAGUUUUUAUAUCAUACUAAAAUAACGGUCGAAAGUUUAAAAAUAGCACUAACACGAUUACUAGACAUAAAUAAAAUAAUGCAAGGAGAAACACUUGCAGUAAUUUUAAUGGAUACGUUGUUACACAUGGACGGCGACCACAAUUCAUACACCCCGUUGUGGCAGCACAAGUUUCUUAAUGCUGUUCAAGAAAUCCUAAAUACCGAUGUAGGGCAGAAAAAAGUGUUAGCACAAAUCGAAUCUAUCCGAAAAGUGCUGACUUCGCCGAGAAAUAUGUUUGUGCACAUGGGCGUCAAUGUCGAUAAAUUAACGGAAUACGUUCCAGAUGUUUAUGCUCCAUGGAAUAAGUACUUUUCAGAGUUUAUGAGCUCAGAAAAAACGAAAAUUACCAUCACCUCUAAGUCAAAACGUACGCCUCCUAGGUAUUCUUACAACGGGUGUAUUAUGGGGAUGAAAUGGAUAAAGUCUUCGGUUUUACUUCAAUCUUGUCCGUGCAUAAAUGAUUUUCAACAUUCCGAUUUGCCAGCUUUGNAAGUGUGUCUGACUUAUCUUACGCAAGAAGGAGGACCUAUAUGGGAAGAACUUCGAAAGCAAAUAACGCUUGCAGAUCACUACAGUCUUUUUACAGCAGUAACCGAUGGAAACUUACAUUUAGAGUUGGUUUCAACUACAAACUUAGUAGCUGCGUACAACAAAAUUAAGUUGACAGUGGAAGCGCAUCUUGCGGGAAACAAAUGGAACUACUAUCUUUACGAAAAAGCUAAAUCGUCAGUCAUUUUGAAGAAUAUCAACAUGGUACAUUCUAUACAGAAUAUGAUAAAUGCAUCGCUGACGUCUUACUGUAAAAACAUGCCCCAUGAUUAUAUUUAUCAAAUGGUACGACGCGUUUUUGUAGUUUCUAUGGAUGACAUGAGCCAUGUACUAACUAGGUACAUCAAACCAUUAUUUGACUUUAAAAUAUGCAAACUUGCUAUUGUAUGUACUAAUGACAAAAGUGCCGAAAUAACAGAAGCUUUUGAAAAAAUGAAGUUUAAGUUUAACAUAUAUACAAGCAUAAAUGAACUGUAUCACUAUAUUGAAAACAUGACUAUGAAAUGAUUUUCUUCAAAUGAUUAUAGAUUUAAAAAUCUAUUGAAUAAAACAUGAUUUCGGAAGAUGUAUAACUUCGACAGGUUUAUGUGAUAUGUGUAUAGUCUGACGGUUAGUUCGAAAAAUGUGUAUAAAUGUUUUAACUCAAAAACUAUUUAUUAAACAAAUACACAAUGUAAGACUUAUGUUAUGACUUUAAUUUUUAU